AUGUUAGGAUUAUACACUCCAAAUGGUGACAUUGGGUCAAUGCCAAUGAGAAAGAACCUCAUGGCUGAUGCCAACCUACUCAAAAAGAGAGUCGGUGAAAUACAAUUUCCUAAAUACUCCAACAAAAUCUCCAAGCAUAAAAAGGGACAAGAGCCCACUGUCAAAGUCAUCAAUACCGUCUUUGAUAUCCCUCCUCCAAACGUCAAUGAAGAGAAUUAUGAGAUAAGUUUCAACACUAAGCUAUACUCAAGCAAUUCUAACGGGUCCCUUGACUUUGAGAAAAUUCCAAAGAGAGAUGUUUACAGAUUAAAAAAUCCUUUAAAAGAUAGUUUUGUCAAGACUGAGCAAUCUGUCACCAAUCCUCAACUGAUUUCCGUUAAUAAUAUGAAAGAUCCAGCCCUUCAAAUGAUUCAAAAACACAAAGAAGGAAGAAAACCAUUGAAAUUCAAUAAAAUGUAUCUCAACCCGGAAACAAUGGAGAUCUCCACUCUCUCCAACGUCUCAGAAGAUUCGUUCAACCAGUCUUUCAAUGAUGCCCUCAAAAAACGACUUGCUAAUGAAUUCUUCACCCCAAUAAAACCAAUUGGUGGACAAUCCAAAAAAUUGAAAAAACCAAAGAUUUUCAAAUCCGAUGGGCAAACUGUGACAGCCGAAUCGGUGAUGAGAAUGGUGGACCCUUCGUUUUUGGUGUGCAGUGAUGUUGAUGAUUCGUCUAUGAUUUCUCUCAACAAUAACUCUAUUAUCGGUGGUGGUGCCGCUGGUUUGAAAUUGACCAACUUGUUGGACGAUUUGAAUAAAGUUGAUCCAAUUGAUAAAGCCUUGUCUAUGAGUAAUAAGACAAAGGCCUCCCGCGCAGGUGCCGUUCGCUCAGGAUUGAAUAAAGGGUAUACUUUUGACGAUUUCAAGUGCGAAAACUUGUUUGAAAACAAGGAAAAUGACAAGAACAUUUGGUAA